CAGCCCUCCCGUCCCCUUGUAGCGCUACCCCUACCGGUUCUCCACAACCCUACACUUGACCCUAUAGUUGAAAGUGUAAAAUGUCAGGAGAAGGCUUCCCGAGAGGAUACCCAAAAAACAGCGUGGCACGAACUUUGGGAAGGUGUGUUGCAAGGCCAAACCUGCUGUAUAUAUAUAGGACUGCGGGGUCUAAGGAAAGUCACACUUCACCCAAAGCUCAGUAAAGUGCUAUACACACAUCUCUUCCCCCUUCUUCGCCUUCUGCAGUAGGAUACACCGACGUCCCCUCCACUACCACUUCAACGCCACUCCAAGAUGCAAAGAGUAUUGCUUCUCGUCUCCUGCGUGGCCGGCUGCGUGGUGGCUGCCCCCGCCUCUCAGGGGCACGAGGAUACGGCCGCUACCCCCAUCCCUAUCCUGAUGGACGAGAGAAUACCCAUUGACCAGUAUGGCGGUUAUGGCUUCAGGAUCCAGACUGGUAAUGACAUGACGUGGGUGGAGAAGGCAGAAGCGAGCGGCCCCAAGAACGAGGUCACCAGGACAGGACAGUACAGGUUCGUUCACCCAGACGGCACAGUGCACCUGCUGACCUACACUGCCGGCGUCAACGGGUUCCAGCCUAUUUCUGACAUGUUGCCCACGCCUCACCCACUGGAGCCCUGGCAUCUGGAGCAGAUUGCAUUCGCUGAGAAGCAGAGAGCGGAGGCGGCGGCGAGGGAAGAAGCCCAUGGAGAGAAUUGAGAAAACUUGACCACCCGCAGAAAAAAAAAAGUUUACCAGAAUUUUUAGUUAUUUGUUGACGUGGUUAUGAUGACUGCUUUUAUAGUUUAUUUCAAGUUACGAUGUCUUCAUAUGAAUGUAUUUAUAUAGUUUAUUUUGUUGUUUCGUUCUAUUUUGAGGCUCUGAGUGAAAAGAGUUAAAGGAGAAACUUUUCGUUGUUGAUAUGUAUAUGAUAUUUUGUAUACUAAUGGAAAAUAUACACUUUAUACUUACAUUACAUAAAAUUAUUUUAUCUUCAACCCAUCCAUGCUACCCACC